AACAUUUUAAUGUGUUUUAUUAAGUAUUAACUAUUAAGACUAUGUUUUAUAUGCUAUUUGGUUAACUUUAUCAUGAAUUAGUAGUGUUUUUCUUAUAUUAUUGGUGAAUUAUGAGUUUAUAAUAUAUAUAAAAUAUAUUUUAAAUAAAGAAACUAAAACGUAUUUUUGACGUAUCGUAUCUUGUUUUUUGGAAAAAUGCCGUAUUUACGUCCCCGUACCGUAUCAUAUCGUAAUACGUAUCCGUCCCCAUGCUUCUUAGGCUCCACAUUUGGCAGAUUAUAAAAUUCAAAUAUUUGUUUGGGCGCCUGUUUUGGACCCAAAAUAUAUAGAUCCAUCUGUAAAAAGAUGAAAAAACAAUUUUACUGCAUUACCACAUUCAAAUCUAACAACUUUUGUAUUAUCCAGCAAAUGAAAUUUUUUUGAAGAUGCCAAGAGCUUCCUUAUCAGGGCUCCCACUCACCAUAUUCACCAACACCACUAUGCGACCUAUUACCAGAAGGGAGUCUGUGCUUGGUUCCAAAUGCUCAUUGAGAAGCAUUUUAACACCUCCUCAUUCGACGUUUCUGCUGCGUUUUAUGCAUCAUUUUGGGUGCAGAAACGAAGGGGAGCAUCAUUCAAAGAAACUGCUACCCCUUUUCUCAUUUAGAGCGAUCUCAGUGAAUGCUUUAUCUGUUAAAAGAUCAUGUACAAUUGGACCUUGGAGUAGUUGUUUAGUAAGGGAAUAUGCUAAAGUUAGAACUAAUGAAUCUAUUGAGAUGAAGAUGGAUGAAGAUGUUAUCCGAUUUAAAAUUGGUGAUCAGAGUCAAGAAGGAACAUCCUUAAAUAAAAGGAAAGCAAUGACAAAAAAGUCAGACGUGUCAAGAAAGGCGAAGCUCAACGAACUUAGGUUUUAUCGGUUGAAAGCAAAGAAGAAAAUGAAUUCUCCAAAUCCUGAAGUUAGGAUAAGGUACAAGCUUGAGAAGGCAAAGAGAAAAGAAGCGUGGUUGAUAGAGAAACUGAGGAAAUACGAGUUGCCUAAAGCCGCGCUCGAAACCUAUGAUCCCGAAAUAUUGACUGCAGAGGAGAGGUUUUACCUAAAGCGCACUGGCGAGAAAAAGAAACAUUAUGUUCCGGUGGGGAGACGAGGAGUAUUUGGUGGUGUUGUUCUUAAUAUGCAUCUACAUUGGAAGAAGCACGAGACUGUAAAAGUCAUCUGCAAACCCUGUAGGCCUGGGCAAGUGCAUCAAUAUGCCGAGGAGCUUGUUAGGUUGAGCAAAGGCAUUGUUAUCGACACACAGCCAAAUAAUACGAUUAUAUUUUAUCGGGGGAAGAACUAUGUUCAACCAGAUGUCAUGUCACCUCCAGACACUCUUUCUAAAGCAAAGGCCCUAGAGAAAUAUAAAUAUGAGCAGUCAUUAGAGCAUACAAGUGAAUUCAUUGAAAAGUUGGAGAACGAACUCGCAGAAUAUCUCGAACAUCGUGCUCGGUAUAAGAAAAGAGAAGAAGUGAAAUGACUCGAAAGGGUGAUGGUUUUGAAUGGUAUUGCACAUGAGUUCAUAUGUUUUCUUUCAUACUAUACUUUGGUUGGUUUGGAGUUGUUGACCAAUGCAUUAUAUCUUGAAACAUUGCAGUAUAUAUCGCCUUAGGGGUUUCUGCUAAGUUAUUGAGAAACGAAAAGCAAGAGAUGUACAUAUAAGGAAAGGGCGGUCUAUUUUGCUCACUUUUUACUUUUUUUUUUUUUUUUUUCACACGUCCUCUAAGGUGGGAAAACUUUUCCCGGGCAACAUGUACCUCAUUUUUCCUCUUUUUCAUUCCAAUAUAUGAUAAUAUUACUAUGAGAUAUUGAUAUA